GCUAUAAGGAGGACAGAGCCGGGAGGAGUGAAUGGAUCAUUGCUCCAAUGCAUCAAACGCGCUCACUGGACACCCUCCUAUAUCCGUGAAAGAAACCCUACAUUCCCGUUAUGCCCUGCCGCGGAGGCUAGAGAUUUUUGCCAAGAGAGAAGGGAAAACGCAGAGGACCUCUGAAGUCGGGACACUCCUUCGUUUGAGUUGACUGUAAAACGUUAGUUCGUCUGUGCACUGUUUCCAAUCUCCUGUGAGCCUAGCGUCGGAGAGGGGGGAUUCAGCCAAGCAGGACAACAACUGUGGGCAAGAUGCAGGGGGGUUCAGCAACAACUGACCUCCCCCCCUCCUCUCUACAGUGCCAGUGUGGAUCGGUGGACUUCCUGUGUUCCCCGCGGCUGGCGAAGAAAGCCCUGCCCCCUCCCAGGCAAUGUCACGUCCGGCCUGCAGUCAAGCCCCGCCCCCAGCCCACAGCCACACCCACCUCUCAGAAACCUCAAGUGCCCCCUAAACCCCCCUUCCUGCUGGUCCUCGGACAGGACAAGAAGCCCAAGAGGAUUCCCCCAGCCCCCUCCAGGCCUCUGCCUGCUCCUCCACCUCCACCCAAACCGCGGCCCAGCCAGACACCACCUGGCCUGGCCACACAGCCUCAGAGAGAGGCCCAGAGCGUGGGGCUGCUCAUCGAGAGGUUUGAGAACUCCAGGGUUCCAAUUCUUGGCGUUCCUCCGAGGAAUCAGCUCCACUUGUGCCUGAGUAUGGACGCGACACCCGAAACCACAGCUCGUUCUGCCCCUGACCCCACAGCACACGCCCCUUCAGGGUCAGCAGGAGCAAAGGACUCUGGGGAACCGUCCCCCGUCGACAAACUUGCUCUUAUCGUCUUGGAGCAGACUGAUGAGGUCACCGAGCUGACGGAACUUUCGUGCCUGGCCUCAAUCCGCAUUGGCGACCCCGGCGACAUUCCUUUGGACUCUACGGAGGACGACCUCAACGUCGUCCACGGCGAUCGAGUUGGUUGCCUUGACAACACGGACAGGGAGCAGAGAGACUCUUCCCAUGAGCUCCAGGACAAUCCGGACUCACAGUCCUCGGAGCAGAACAUAAACGGGAAGAUUCCCAACCGGGACAGCGGGAUCGACAGCCCAUCGUGCGCAGCAGAGGGCGAGGUGUUCCCCAACGAAGACGCCAUCGACGAGGAGGAGCGCUACGACAGCGUCACGGAGACAGAGACUAGCGUGUCCUGCUGUGUAACACUGGGCAACAAGCGUGACUCCACGCAGGACGAGGACAGUGACUUGGAUGAGGUCAGCAGUGGCGAGACAGAGGGAGGGGAGAAGGCGGACACACACACAGAGGUACACAGGUACUCAGAGACACAGAGGUUACUGAACAUCGCCAGAGAGCUCCUUCACACUGAGGAGGCCUACGUCAAAAGACUCAACCUCCUCGACCAGGUAUUUUGCACUAAGCUGACUGAAGCUGGAAUCCCUCAGGACGUGAUAACGGGGAUCUUCUCCAACAUAUCCUCCAUCUACUGCUUUCACCACAAGUUCCUGCUCCCUGAGCUCAAAACACGCAUCACUGGAGAAUGGGACUCAAACCCACGUAUCGGAGACAUCCUCCAGAAGCUGGCUCCUUUUAUGAAGAUGUACGGAGAGUACGUAAAGAACUUUGACCGUGCUAUGGACCUGGUCAACACCUGGAGCCAGCGGUCAUCACAGUUCAAGAGUGUGGUCCAGAACAUACAAAAGCAGGAUGUGUGUGGGAACCUGACUCUCCAGCACCACAUGCUGGAGCCUGUGCAGAGGAUCCCUCGCUAUGAACUCUUGCUCAAGGACUAUCUGAAGAAACUGCCUGAUGAUGCACUGGACAGGAAGGACACGGAGAAAGCCCUGGAACUCAUAUCCACAGCAGCCAACCACUCCAAUGCUGCCAUCAGGAAAAUGGAGAAGAUGAACAAACUGCUGCAGGUCUAUGAGAGACUGGGGGGAGAGGAGGACAUCGUGAACCCAGCCAACGAGCUCAUCAAAGAGGGACACAUCAAGAAGAUGUCUGCCAAGAAUGGGACGGCACAGGACCGAUACCUCUACCUGUUCAACAACAUGGUGCUGUACUGCGUUCCCAAGCUGAGGCUGAUGGGGCAGAAGUUCAGUGUGAGAGAGAGGAUCGACAUCGCUGGGAUGGAGGUCAGGAAGGAGGUGCAAGAGAACGUGAAGCAGAACCUCCCUCACACGUUCACCAUCAUCGGCAAGCAGCGCUCACUAGAGCUGCAGGCCAGGACGGCUGAGGAAAAGGAAGACUGGAUACAGGUGAUCCUGGCCACCAUAGAGAAGCACAAGCAGAACAGUGAGACCUUUAACAAAGCCUUCAAUAGCUCCUUCUCCAGGGACGAAGACCACCCACCAGACUCACCGGGUCCCUGGAGCAGCACAUCCAUAGACUCAGACAGUGAACGACUGCAAGAAAGGAAAAGUUCCAAGAAGAAGGAGAAGGAGACAUGCAAAGGCUGCAACGAGAGCUUCAACUUUACCAAGCGCAAGCACCACUGCAAAGCCUGCGGAGCGGCCAUCUGUGGUAAAUGCUCUAAGAUGUUGGAGAAUAAGACGUGUCGUGUGUGUCCUGAGUGCUUCGAGACUAGCCAGGGCCCCGAGGGGCCUGCAGGGGCCCCAGUAGAGCUGAAGAGGAAAGCUACAGCCGAGAAGCAGGCGUCUCUGUCGGGGGACAACUGUCUGCUGUGUGCCCAGCUGCAGGUGCAGGAGAAGGGCAAGAGCUGGACCAAGACGUGGGUGGCCGUCACCAAGACCGAACCACUGGUGCUCUACCUGCAGACCAGCGGACAGGACUCUCGCGGGGCACGGGCCAUACCCCUCCCGGGGUUUGAGGUGAGCGUGGCAGCGCCGUCGGCGACAGAGAAGUCUGAGCUGAAGCACGCGUUCCAGCUGAGUCACUCCCAGCAGGCUCUGCUGUUCAGCGCCCAGGAUACAGAAGUCCAGGCCAAGUGGGUGGAGUUUCUCUCUAGAGCCGCCCGCGGGGAAACACCCACAGACACGCCCUGCAGCCUGACGGAGCACAGGGAAAGCCAAUAGUGCGGCUCCGCUGAUGCCACAGGACCCUCCGUCCCACCUUUCACCCCUCUCCUGUGGACAGAGCACACGUUACUUGAAUUCACUUUUCCUUUGCACUUUUUAUUUUCUUUGAAGGGAGGGAAGAUUCCCCCCAUCUGCUGCCACUUCACCCUUUCCUUCACCCUUUCCUCCUCUUUCAUUCGUGCACUCUCUCUCUCUCUCUCUCUCUCUCUCUCUCUCUCUCUCUCUCUCUCUCUCUCUCUCUCUCUCUCUCUCUCACACACUCUCUCUCACACUCUCUCUCUCACACUCGCUCUCUCUCUCUCUCUCUGUCUCUCUCUCUCUCUCUCUCUCUCUCUCUCUCUGUCUCUCUCUCUCCUCUCUCUCUCUCUCUCUCUCUCUCUCUCUCUCUCUCUCUCUCUCUCUCUCUCUCUCACACACACACACAUUACACAUACACACCUGUUUCACCAACUCCGCCACCAUUGUAUGCGUGGUUACAUUAUAUUUCUCUCAGUGUUCUCUGCAGUUCAAGAAGAACGGAAGACUCUUUGAUUUAAUGUUUCGAAUUAUAGCCGAAGGCAUUUAUUAGAUGGAUCCUGUAUGAUUUUGUUAAAAGGUGAAGUUCCUUGUACAUUGUGUGACUGUGAACCAUUAACCCCUGCCGGUCUGUCUGUCUGUCUGUCUGUCUGUCUGUCUGUCUGUCUGUCUGUCUGUCUGUCUGUCUGUCUGUCUGUCUGUCUGUCUGUCUGUCUGUCUGUCUGUCUGUCUGUGUGUGUGUGUGUGUGUGUGUGUGUGUGUGUGUGUGUGUGUGUGUGUGUGUGUGUGUGUGUGUGUGUGUGUGUGUGUGUGUGUGUGUGUGUGUGUGUGUGUGUGUGUGCGUGCGUGCGUGCGUGUGUGUGUUGCUCCUGUGUUUUAUUUCAAUAUUCAAUGUUAGCGUAUCGAACCCCACAUGCAGAUACCCCCUCUCCCCACCACUGUGGACCCAGUGGCAGCUCAGUGGUGAUUGUAUAGUGUGUAUACUAUCGUGUGUCAUGAACUAAAAUAACUCCAUUUUAACUUAAGAGAUGUGAACGAACGCUUGUGGCUGGCCACCCGAAGCUCCCACAAUCAGCCUCCCAACUCCUCACACCCCUUCUCGCCCCCCAGACACACCCCAUUCCCUUGCUGUGUCCCCGUGUUUUAAAAAGGACGUUCUUUCUUUGCUCUCUCUCCUUUGUAAAUCACGUAAUCUGACUGGAUGGUCGAUUCAAUAUGGUGGAUUUUGUUCCUCUUCCACCGGUAGACCGGGUGGAGUUCCUGCCAAUGUUGUUUUGACCUGUCCGGUAACUGAAGAGAGGAAACCACUGUAGAGGAUCGGGACAUUACUUACCACAGAUCUAGGAUCAGCUUCCCCUCCCCAAAUCACCAUGUGGGGAAACAAUGCAAAACUGGCCUUAAAUCAGUUUCUACAGACAAUGUAUAGCUAGUCCCUGGCUCCUGUAUGGUCUUGCUCCCUCCCUUCCCUCUCUAUCAACUCUGCCCUCAGCGGCCAGGAAUAUACUCCCACUUCCUGUUUCUACCGCUCACCUGCUCUGCCCCUUCUGGUCACGUGAUAGAAACCAUAGCCACAAUAUAAGUACUGGCUAAGCUAAUUUAAGCUUGAUCCAAAAAUGUGGUCGGAGGCUUCGUAUGGAGGGUGUGACGCAAUUGCGGAGCCUUCAGAGGCACGCAGAGGCCAAAUCAAUCUUCCUACCACGUCGCCAUGCGCCUCUCAGAUGUUGUAACAAUGCGGAGGGCUCCGUCUAGCUCCACA